UUCUGGAGCCACGCGUGGCAGUCUCCGGCUUCACUUUUCAACGUCUAUGCUGAAAUCGGUUGAGAAAAGCUGCGACCAACUUCAUCAAUUCAGCUCCUUAUUUCAUUUUUUUAGUGGUUAUUUGGCUCUCGCCUCAGCAAUUUCUCCAUCGCUGAAAGAGACGGAGGGAGAGAUAUCACCAUCAUUCGGUAUCUACUUCCUACAAUUCCGGCACACCAGCUGCUCCUCCUCAUUCAUGGAGUCCUGCAAAUCCAUCCCGCAAACACUCAUCUCUUCCCUCUUUUCAACUUCCAUGGCCGAACCAGAAAAUUCUCAGAGCAAUUCUAUUCAACGCAGCUCCAAAAAGCCAAAUUCUACUUCCGAGCUCACUCACAAACCCCAGCAGGUUAUAGAUAAUCCCAACGGAUUCGUCGGCUCUCUGGAAAUCUUCAUCCACCAUGCCAGAGAUAUUCAAAACAUCUGCAUCUACCACAAGCAAGAUGUUUAUGCCAAGCUCUACCUCACUAACGACCCUGAAUCCUCCAUCUCUACCAAGAUAAUCAAUGGCGGUGGCAGGAAUCCAAUCUUCAACGAGAGUGCGAGGCUCAGUGUUCAAACCAUUGAUUCGUCACUCAAAUGCGAGAUAUGGAUGCUAAGUAGGGCGAAGAAUUAUCUCGGAGACCAGCUCCUGGGAUUCGCCCUUGUGCCUCUCAUUGAAGUUGUCACGUGCAAUGGCGAGUUGACUCAGGAAUUCUCGCUCUCUGCGACCGAUCUCGUUCAUUCUCCUUCCGGUUUCGUUCAAUUGACUGUUUCUUACACAGGCUCAUCGCCGGAAGUUAUGGUCGUCGCCGCACCAAAAGCUUCCGCAAUCGAAGAUGGUGGAUCAAAGGCCUUAGUCAUCGAUGAAUCUAUUCCUUGUGAGUAUGAUAAGAUAGAAUUCCCUGAUUUGAAGGUUGUGAAUGAAAAUAAGAUGAUGGUUUUGGAAUAUUAUGGGAUUCCAUGCACCAACGUGGAUUCUCAGAACGGCGACGAUUGUCCUGAUAACGAUGCUGGUGUCAAGAUAGUCAAGAGUUUCGGAACGGAAAAAGAAUACAAUACUGAUGUGUUUCGUAGUGAUGAAUCUCCCAUAAGUUGUGUUUCAAGUGAUAUAUCUUCUAUGAUGGCCCCUACAAACUCUGAAGCUGUUGUGAAGCCACUCAUCGAAGUUAAUAAUAUCAAACUCGAGCAGCCGGUGGUGCGGCAGGAGAUAGUUGAUAUGUACAUGAAAAGCAUGCAGCAGUUCACCGAGUCAUUGGCUAAUAUGAAGCUUCCGAUGGAUAUCGAGAAGGGCGGUGGCAUGGAAAAUGGUAAUGGCGUUUCGGGGAAGAAGUUGGAGGUAUCGAAGAAUGGGGGCGGUAGGGUUUUCUAUGGAAGCAGAGCUUUCUUUUGAACCUAUGGUGCUCAACCUUGGGAGAAAAGAGAUGAUCAUUUAUGUUGUAAGUUUGGCUCUCACUUAACAAUGUAUGUUUUUAUUUGUAUUUGA